AUUCAGUCCACUCCAAUUGUACCAUUGCCCUUGUUUGUCCCUUCUUUUUUUAUUAUAAAAAACCACAAUCCAAAAUGUCCCGAGCAGGAACCUGGUUCAAAAUGCUCAUCACAGGAACCAUCAUCUGUGUCGGUGGCCCUGCAUUUGUCCAAUACAUCCGGCCCACGGAUGAAGAGCUUUUCCAGCGCUACAACAAGGACAUCCAGAAGCAGAGUCUUGAGGAAGGGCCGCGCCGCGCGAAGGAAUUUGACGAUUACGUGAAUCGACUGAAGGAGUGGUCUAAGUCGGAUAAGUCGAUCUGGAUAGCCGCGCAGGAACAGGCGGAUCGGGAACGGGAACAGCGCAAUGCCCAACAGGCUCGGGUUCAGGAGGAGAGUAAGAACCAGCGGGAUGAGAUGAGGAAGGAGUUGCUAGGGGAGAAAUGAUCGGAGUCUCUUGCUUGGAUAUUCUGGCUGUAUCUAUUUUGUAUGUUUAUGUUUCUUUCUGUGUUGUUUGCUUUGUUUCGUCUGGUAGAUGUAAAUAUAUAUUUGUAUGAUACCUUUGUAUACGACCAAGUC